CUUUUUAUAACUGUAAUCUCCACCUAAAUUUUGACAUGUUAUUGUCACGAAUUCAGACAAAUGCAUGUAUAAGAAGUGAAUUAUUAAAGAGGUCAUCGCGUUACUUUAUACCGAGAAAUACUUUAUUGAUCAAUAGUAGUAAUGGCCAACGAUCUAUAAAAACUUUUAGUGCUCGACUUGCAGAGGAAUCAACAAAUAGUUUCCCCAAAUCUGUUACCAAAUCUACAUUAAAUGAUAUAUCUGCUCGAGAACAAACAGCACAGCUUUAUCUUGAUAAUGUAUUUCCCUUAAGAAUGGGCAUGAUUGAUAUUAGACAAAUUGUUUUUCGAAAUUCAAAACAUUUUCUGGAAACAAGGGUACAACAUGCUAUACCCUCAAAUAUAUUACCAAACGAAUUUACUAUCAAAGAGAUAGUAGCUCGUACAAAGGACGGUGGUGCCAUUGUAUCUUUUGCAUUUAAAAGUCCAGAUGAGAAAAAAGUUGAAAUUGCUAGUGAUAUUGUAGCGAGGAUUAAUGAAUAUAUUAAAAAUAAUAAAGUAGUCGCGCCAUUUAAUUUUCAAACAGUUAGAGCUUUUUUAGUAAAAGGACAACCAUUUAUGGAGGAUAUUUUGGCUCGGUAUCCAACACAAAGAUUACGUAUAGAAUUUCAAGGAGAGGCUGUCAGUGUUGAAAAAUUAUAUAAACAUCUAAGACCUUUUGGCAAAUUGUUUGAUAUAUUACUUUAUCCCAAUCCUACAGUUAAUAAGGACCCUGCUCGAUAUGCACUUGCUCAGUUCACUCGUAUUAGAUCAGCUACUAGUGCUCGUAACUGUUUACAUGGUCUUACAAUUGAUGGCACUCGUAUAAAUAUAUUGUAUGAACGACAAUUGCGUACAAAUAUCGUAAAAGAUUGGUUAAUCAGUCAUCCUCGUAUUACAGUGCCACUUAUGGCUGCUAUAUUUGCAGGCGCAACGUAUGCAGUAUUUGAUCCUAUACGUGUCUUUUGUGUUUCUUCGAAAAUAACUCAGCGAUUCAAUCUUGAAGAAUAUGCUAUCUAUCGUUGGUUACGUAAAGAAACAUGGGCUCGACUUAUACCUGGUGGUGCCGCUCACGAUCUUUCUGGUUCUAGUGGAUCUGUAUGGGCCGAUGACGCUGAACAAAACGAAAAGCUAGUUUCACGUCUUUCUGAAACUCCUGAAACGUUUGUGCUUGUAACGGGUCACAAAGGUAGUGGAAAAUCUGCUUUAGUUAAAUCAGCAAUUAAAGAUAGAAAGAAUAAGCUCUUCAUUGAUUGUGCAAAUAUUGCUAAUGCAAGAAAUCAAUCAGAAAUGACAAAAAAUUUAGCCAAAGAAGUCGGAUAUUACCCUGUAUUCACUUGGUCUUCAUCAAUGAGUGGCAUGAUUGAUACUGCUUUAGCUGCUACAACAGGACAGAAAACAGGAUUAUCUUCUACGCCUGAUUCUCAGAUUAAAAGUAUUUUAGAGACAGUGGCUAUAGCUUUAAGAGAUGUAGUACCAAGCGAAAAGGAAGCUCGUAUUAGAGUAGAGGAAGAAGUUCAGCGUGAAAAUUUUCUCCAUAAAAUAAAAAGUAUUUUGACAACGGGUAGUGAAAAUAAAGCAAAAACAAUCAAACCUAAUCCAAACAAUGAAAAGAGUAGCGAUGAAGCAGAUGAAGAUAAGCUGGACCAAAAGAGUAUUCCUAUUGUAGUUAUUGAUAAUUACAUGUAUCGCGAAACAGCAAAGAAUGCUAAACUAUGGGAUGAACUUGCUGAAUGGGCUGCUUUAUUGAUUGAAAAUGAAAUUGCACAUGUUGUGUUUGUAAGCUCUAAUGCAAGUGUGAUGAAGACUCUUGGAAAAGCUCUUCCUGGAAAAAGCUUUUCAAAUGUUGCUCUUUCUGACGCACCACCAGAGAUUGCAUUAUCUUUUAUCAAUAAACAACUUGGAUCCGAAGUUGAAGAUCCAAGCCUACAUGAUGUAGUAUCAGCACUAGGAGGUCGCUUGACUGAACUUGAGCUUUUGGUACAAAAAAUGAAAAUGAAAAUGGAUGCUCAAACUGCAUUCGAAGAUAUUGUUACUCGUAAUUUGAUUGAGAUUCGAAAAUAUGGGUUUGGCGAUUCUUCUGUAGACAACUAUAUAAUGGAAUGGACAGCAACUCAAUUUUGGACAAUUGUGAAGCUUUUAGCAAAGAACAAAAGUGUAAGGGAGAGUUUUUUUUUCUUUGUCUUUCUCUUUUUAUUUUUUUAUUAUUAUUGUCAUAUUUACUUCAUUUCGAUACAGAUUAACUACGAUGAAUUGAAAUGGGGUUCUAUAUUUAACGGUAAUGAUGCGCCUUUGAAGGCAAUGGAAAGAGCUGAGUUAAUUGUUAUUGUUCAAAAAGAAGGUCGUCCAAAUUCAAUCCGACCAGGUAAACCUGUAUAUUAUACCGUAUUUAAUCGACUUGUAUCAGAUGAGCUUUUCACAGCUUCCAUGGAAGUUGAAUCGAAUAUGGCAUUAAAGAAGCAAACCGAAGAUGCAGUUACAAAACUUGAAGAUACCAUAGAAAAACUAUCUCAAAUUAAUUCACCUAGUCGUCCUCCAAAAGAAAUUGAAGCUCGUAUUCGCUUUUUGUUAAACAAAGUGAAUGAUAGUCAAAAAUCUAUCGAAGAAUAUGAUAACAACAUUAAAAUAGCAAAGGAAACUAUUUCUAAAGUUUGGGUCGAUAACGAUUUUUAAUAAUAUUAUAUAGUACUAAUUCUUUGUAUAUAUUUUUUUAUAUAAACUUUAAAAGAAUUAAAAAAAUAACCUAAUAGGAAUUUACUUAUUAUUUUUAUUAUUUUUUUACGUAGUAUAUUGGGG